AUGGCACACUGCAUACCGUUCGAUUCAGUUCUGGUUGUUUGUCUAAUAUUUCCAAAGAUUCUCGUAUUAAUAAACGUUGCAAAAACAGUAAAAUAUACACCAGAUUGGAAUAGUCUCGAUACUCGACCAUUGCCAGAGUGGUAUGACAACGCAAAAGUUGGAAUAUUCAUCCACUGGGGAACAUUCAGUGUCCCAGCAUUCGGUUCUGAAUGGUUUUGGUACUCCUGGAAAGGAAGCAAUCCGAAUCCACAGGUUGUAGAGUUUAUGAAUAAAAAUUACCCACCAGAUUUCACAUAUGCCGACUUCGCUGAGCAGUUUCAUGCCGAAUUUUAUGAUCCAAAUGAAUGGGCCGAUAUUUUUCAAGCAUCUGGUGCCAAAUACAUCGUGUUAACAAGCAAGCAUCACGAAGGUUACACAAUGUGGCCAUCGAAAUAUUCAUGGAAUUGGAAUGCAAUGGAUGUUGGACCACAUCGAGAUUUGUUAGGUGAUUUGGCAAGCGCAAUAAGAAAUCGAACAAAAAUUAAGCGCCAGACAGUUACUGGUAAUGGCAUUCCAUGCAAGCAUGGUAGUUUUUACACAUGUUCCGAUCACUAUAAUCCUGGACAUUUGGUAACUCAUAAAUGGGAGAAUUGUUUUACAUUAGAUAAAAAUUCAUGGGGUUAUCGACGUUCAGCGUCAGUAAAUGAUUACAUCUCAAUAGAAGAAUUGUUGAAAGAAGUUGUUACAACCGUUUCAACUGGAGGCAACGUGUUAAUUAAUACAGGUCCAACAUCAUACGGGAAAAUUGCCCCAAUAAUGGAAGAAAGAUUACGUCAAAUGGGUUCUUGGUUAAACGUUAAUGGUGAAGCAAUCUACAACAGUGUACCUUGGAAAUAUCAAAAUGAUACGUCGAAUAAAGAUGUCUGGUAUACCGCGUCCAAAGAUGGAAAAUUAGUCUAUGCGUCUUUAUUAGUUUGGCCCACUAAUUCCACAACAAUUUUAUUGGGUGCACCGAUAUCAACAUCCGAUACAAAAGUAUCUAUGCUUGGUCGUGAAGCACCAAUUAAUUGGCGUUCAUCGGAACAACCACCCGGUAUUAUUUUGGAUAUAACCGAUGUAAAAGCUUAUUCAUUGCCCAGUGACUGGACAUGGGUAUUCAAGUUGGAGAACAUUGAUGUAAAAUAA